AUGGUCAGCAGUGCGAAAGCGAAGGGGGGCAAGGAAAUUCCUGUGCCAAAAGUCACCCUCGUGCCAACCUACAACAUUGACUACCUGCCAACCUUCCGAGAACAGAACACAUACAUCCGUGGGCGAGGUGGCAUUGGGUAUCACGACGACCGCUUCAUAGAGUAUGACCUGGACAAAGAGGAUCAGGAGUGGCUGGAAGCCUUCAACAAGGGGCAGGAUCGGCUGCCAUCACGGCGCAUGGAGCUGCUUAUGUGGCGCCUGGAAUGCGCCAAUGCUGAGGCCACCGACCGCGCUCUGGCCGCUGCCGGUGCAGCGCAGACCGAGCGACAGAGCCCAUCAGCCGCCGCGGCUGUGGAUCACAUGACUCGGGAGGAGGCGUAUGAGGUGAUCACAGCCGCCCACCCGGUCCGGACGCUGGUCAGGGACGCCAUAUAUGACUUCUGGCGCACCAAGCGGGAGAGGAUCGGCAAGCCGCUCCUCAGACGGCUGCAGGCGCCCACCUCGUCCUCAGACCAGAACCCGUUUGGGGUGUUCAGGCCGCGGGAGAAGAUACACAGGCCGCAGACGCGGCGGCGGAGAGAGAACAAUGAGGACAGCCUUGACAAGAUGCAGGCCAUCCGCAAGAAUAUGAAGAAGGCGUGCGAGAUCCUGGAGUGGCUCACGCGGCGCGAGCAGCGCAAGGUCAACCUGGCGUACAUCGAGACAGACUUGCAGAGGCUUCAGAUGAAGCUCAAGGUGGAGCCUAGGCAUCUUCAUGAUGCCAUUGAGGCGGAGUACGCAGCUGCUGCCAAGGCCAAGCCUGUGCGGCGCCCCAUCGAGCUGGACCCAAAGUCAGGUGACGCUGGGACUGCUGGCAAUGCGGCAUCGGAUGCUGCGGCUGCUGCAGCGUCCUCUGCGCUGGCUGUCACUGCUGACAUUGCCAGGCGGCUGAAGAAGCGCAAGAAGGAUGCCAAGCGCCCUGCGCAGAGCCUGGCAGCGCUGCCGCCACCUCCGCUGCCGCCCUCGCCAGUCAUGCUGUUUACUCUGCCGCCCAACAUGGCGCGCAUGUCGCUGGGGGGCGAUCCUGCCCUGCCCGAUGCACUCGCCCGGGGCCAGGGGUGCCCGCGCAUCGGCCGCGGCGGCCGCCUCAUCUUUGACAGAGUGCACGCGCUCACUCACGAGGAACUCAGCGGCUCCGCGCAGAACGACGAUGGGGACUUCAAACAGCUCUACGACAUGCCAAACCCCUACAGCCCAGCUCAGAGCAAGCCUGAUGGGCCCCGCAAGAGCGCCGGGGACGCCAAGCAGAAGCAGGGUGCCUCCUCUACAGCGGCUGCCAUCCACAGCAUCCAUGCCGCCAGCAGGUCUGGUUCUCAAACAGUAAAUCCCCUGCAGCCGGGGUCUCCAUUCCGUGCCUCUGAGCCCUCCCAGUAUCAAGCUCGCGCUCAGGUCGACUCCACACAAAUGACGCAGCCCCUUCCGAUGGUGGCGCCAGUGUAA